AUUAAAAUGAUGCAAAUUUUUGAUAUUAGUGGACCUAUUAAACCAAAAAAUGAAAAUGAAAGUCUCUUCCCUUCACUCUCAUUUAAAGAAAGAUUAAUGGGAUUUGCAUUCUGUUCGUUUUUAGGUAAUCUAUAUAUAAAUUUACAUAAGGAUACUUCAUCUAGAUAUUAAGCUUUGGAUCCUUUUUAAAAGCUGCUGCUGGUGCUCCCAACAUUUUUGCACUUACUUAUAGUCUAGGAAAUAUUUUGGCAUUAUUUAGGUAAUCCUUCAUUAUCAGAUCUUAAUAGUACAGCCUUUUUAAUAGGAUUUAGAAAACAAUUUUAAAAUAUGGUUGAUAAAGAAAGAAAAAUAACAUCUAUUAUCUUUUUUUCUUCGUUGGUAAUGAUCUUUCUUUCAGUUUAUUUAUUUAAAUCAAAACUCUUAGUUGUGAUCUUUUUAUUAGUUGAGUUUUGUUCAUAUACAUGGUACGUAGCAAGUUAUAUUCCAUUUGCAAGAGACUGUAUCAAAAGUUGUUUAAGGAACAUUAUAAAAUAAUGA